UCCGACACUUUAUAACUGCCUGAGCAAAACCAAACAUCUGACAAACUUUCUAAGGACCUACAGAGUCCAGUUGAGACUAACGUGUGGAAAAAAAUGGGUGAGCAAGGACAAGCUUCCGCCACAUUAAAUUCUCACAGAAGUGAAGAGGAGAAAAAGAUGCGUGACAUGGAAACUGCAGCCUUAACUGACCUCCGUCUGCAGGGAAAACUGUGUGAUGUGGUGAUCAAAGUGGGUGACGUCGAGUUCGAAGCCCACAAGAUCAUCCUGUGUGGCUGCAGCACGUACUUUCGCGCUCUCUUCACCGGUGCCUGGGCGACCUCAAAGAGGCAGAUGUACACUAUCCCUGGGGUGUCGCCCGAGAUGAUGCGCCACAUCAUCAAUUAUGCCUACACCCAGUCUGUUCCCGUGACAAAGGAUAAUGUGCUGGAGGUUUUGGCAGCUGCAGACCAGUUCCUGGUCUCGGGGAUUGUUCAGACCUGCAGCUUCUUCCUGGAGAACCAGCUGUGCCUGAGGAACUGCAUCGGCAUCUGGAAGCUGAUAGACAACUACCACCUCCCUGAGCUGAGGCAUAAGGUCUUCCACUUCAUCCUGUACCGCUUUGAGGAGCUACUCCGUGUCUCAAAGGAGUUCCUGGAGCUCUCAGUGCAGCAGCUGGCAGCUAUCAUUGAGAACGAUCACCUCAAUGUGAAACGAGAAGACACAGUGUUUGAGACCGUCCUCCGCUGGGUUAACCACCAUCCAGUCCAAAGACGAGGCCACAUCUUUGAGCUGUUGGGCAAGGUGCGGCUUGGCUUGAUGGACCCUUAUGACCUCCACAAUGCUGUGAUGGGCAAUGCUGUGAUAAAGGACAGCGACGAAUGUCAACCCAUCAUCAAUGAUGCACUGACAGCAUCUGUGGAUUUUAGGAAUGGAUACUCAACGUCUGUCUACAAAAACCUGCUGAGCCGCCCUCGCCUGCCUUCUACCAUCUUACUGGCCACCGGAGGCGAAAAUGAAAACAUUGCUGAGACCAGCCUCGAGGCAUACGAUGCCCGAGCUGACUGCUGGGUCACUAUGAGCACUGGGGAGGUUUCUCGUGUUCACCAUGGCACCGCUGUCCUCAACAGCUUUGUGUACUUGAUCGGUGGCUGCAGCCACGGAGUUAACUUGAACACUGUGCAAAAGUUUGACCUCGUCACCUGCACGUGGCACCAGGUGGCACCCAUGAUCUUCCAACGCUGCGGUCUCAGCGUCGCUGUGCAGAAUGGGUGCAUUUACGCCAUUGGAGGCUCCAAUGGACACACGUACUACAACACUGUUGAGUGCUACAAGCCUGAGACUGACCAGUGGACCAUGACGGCAUCCAUGCGUUCAAAGAGGUGUGCGGCCAGUGCCACGACUCUAAAUGGGAAGGUGUACAUUUGCGGGGGCUACAACGGGAAUCGCAGCCUCUCCACGGCUGAAUGCUAUGACCCGAACACCAACAAGUGGACCAGCAUGCCCCCAAUGAGGAGCUAUCGAAGUGGCCUUGGGGUCAUUGCCUACAGAGGCCACAUCUAUGCAGUUGGUGGCACCCUUCUAGGGAGCACCCACCUGUGCAGUGUUGAGGUCUACAACCCUGGGUCCAACAGGUGGAGCCCUGCACCAUUCAUGUCAGUCCCCCGCAGCUACUUUGGCAUUGAGGUGGUGGACGACCAGAUCUUUGUGGUCGGAGGGCGCGACAACUCCACCACUAUGUUAGCUGUGGAGCGCUACGAUGAGGACACUGGUAUGUGGUUCCGAGCCUCUAGCAUUGAGGUGCCCCGCAGAGGCCUGAGCUGCUGUGUGUUGCAUGGACUCCACGGCGUGGCGGAGAACUUGUUCCCUCGUGGUCCCAUGACGCCCCCCAAUGUGGAGGAGGCUGCAGGAGGAUCCAUCUGACUCUCAGCUCAGUCCAGACACAUGUCAUCCAUUGUGGCAUGACGACUGACAUUGUCAUUCUUAAAUAAUAAAAAAAAAACAUUU